AUGAGUAUACUAGUUAUUCUUUCAUGUUUGUUGAUGCUUAUUACCGCAACAAGCUGCAUAAGUUUGCAGCAGCAGGGGCAUAUCAGCAUUAAUCAACAAGUAGCACUGUUUGUUUUUGGUGAUUCACUUUUUGACCCCGGAAAUAACAACUACAUAAAUACUACAACCGGCUACCAAGCAAACUUUGAGCCCUAUGGCUUCUCAUACUUCAGUCCCCCAAGUGGCCGAUUUUCCAAUGGCCGUCUUAUCUCUGAUUUCAUCGCCGAGUAUGCAGGCCUUCCUCUCAUUUCAGCUUAUUUCGAAUUCCAACUAGGCAAGAAUAAUACUAAUAGUUUUGUCAACGGAGCAAAUUUUGCAUCCGGUGGAGCUGGUGCAUUAAUGGAAACACAUGCUGGAUUUGUAAUCGACCUUAAGACACAGCUGCAGUAUUUUCACGAUUUACGGAAACAUUUUAGGCGGAGUUUAGGUGCUGUGAAAACUAAACAGCUGCUCUCCGAUGCGGUUUACCUGUUUAGCUGUGGUGCAAAUGACUAUUUGAGUCCUUUGGGUUACAAUGACACUAGUAAUGCUCUAUUUAUGUAUAAUACUACUCGUGUACAGUAUGUUCAAAUGGUGAUUGGAAAUUUGACUCGUGUGUUCAAGGGGAUUUAUAAAAAGGGAGGAAUAAAAGAGUUUGCAAUUUGUGAUAAUGUCAACGACUAUCUAUUCUUCGAUUCUGUUCAUCUCACACAAGUAGCCAAUCACCAAUAUGCAGACAUGUUUUGGAGCGGAGGAGAUUCAAAUCUCACAAUGCCAUACAAUUUGAAGACAUUGUUUCAAGGAAAAUGA